UGCAGACUCUCGGCUCUUCUGUGCAGUAGAACCUGCAGACUCUCGGCUCUUCUGUGCAGUCCACAGUCUCUGGUGAUCUCCUGUACUGUGUCCGCAAUCUGUGGUCAUCUCCUGUACUAUGUCCGCAAUCUGUGGUCAUCUCCUGUACUAUGUCCGCAGUCUGUGGUCAUCUCCUGUACUAUGUCCGCAGUCUGUGGUCAUCUCCUGUACUAUGUCCGCAGUCUGUGGUCAUCUCCUGUACUAUGUCCGCAGUCUGUGGUCAUCUCCUGUACUAUGUCCGCAGUCUGUGGUCAUCUCCUGUACUAUGUCCGCAGUCUGUGGUCAUCUCCUGUACUAUGUUUGCAGUCUGUGGUCAUCUCCUGUACUGUGUCCGCAGUCUGUGGUCAUCUCCUGUACUGUGUCCGCAGUCUGUGGUCAUCUCCUGUACUGUGUCCGCAGUCUGUGGUCAUCUCCUGUACUGUGUCCGCAGUCUGUGGUCAUCUCCUGUACUGUGUCCGCAGUCUGUGGUCAUCUCCUGUACUGUGUCCGCAGUCUGUGGUCAUCUCCUGUACUGUGUCCGCAGUCUCUGGUCAUCUGUACUAUGUCCGCAGUCUCUGGUCAUCUCCUGUACUGUGUCCGCAGUCUGUGGUCAUCUCC